CUUCAGUGACCGUGUUGACUGGAAGCUGAUGCGGGAUCGAAGCGACUCUGCGACGAUGGAAAAACACCAAAGUCUGCUGGUGGAAAUCGGUUUGUUGACGUGUCACUGACGAGGUCUUCCAGACUCUCGUCCUUUCACGCCUCCAUGGAGCUGAUCCAAGCCACCUUGCUGCCUCAGGAAGUAUUCGCGGCUACCUGGACAGCCAACUCGGCUCCACCCUCCUCCUCCUCCCAGUCGCCACUUCUCAGCGUAACGCCAACCGAUGCUUCUUUUCUCCUUAAUGACAACUGCCACAACUGCACCAAACCAGAGUCGGGGUCACUUCCGGUUUUGGCUGGAAUCUUCAUCGCUCUGAUCUACGGGAUUGUGUGUAUUGUUGGGCUGGUGGGCAACACUCUGGUUAUCCACGUGAUUGUGAACUACACUAAGAACGACUCUGUCACCAACAUAUACAUCUUGAACCUCGCCAUUGCUGACGAGCUGUUUAUGCUUGGCCUGCCCUUCAUGGCAGUUCAGAACGCGCUGCUCUCCUGGCCCUUCGGAUCUCUUAUGUGCCGCAUAGUCAUGACUGUGGAUGCAAUCAACCAAUUCACCAGCAUCUUCUGCCUAACUGUGAUGUCUGUGGACCGCUACCUGGCAGUGGUGCACCCCAUCCGCUCCACCUGGUGGAGGCGGCCCUGUGUGGCGAAGGCCAUCAGUGCCACGGUCUGGGCCGGGUCCUUUGUGGUGGUGCUGCCUGUAGUGGUGUUUGCAGAUGUGCUGAAGCAUGGUGGAAACUGCAGCAUUGCGUGGCCUGAACCAGAAGAAGUGUGGAAGACAUCCUUCAUAGUUUACACAUGCACUGUGGGUUUCUUCUGCCCCCUGCUGGUGAUCUGCUUGUGCUACCUGCUGAUUGUCAUCAAGGUUCGCACGGCUGGAAAACGCGCUCAGGCCACGUCCUUGCGCCGCAGAAAGUCGGAGCGUAAAAUCACCAGGAUGGUGGUCGUAGUGGUGGCAGUGUUCGUCCUGUGUUGGCUCCCGUUCUACGCCCUCAACAUCAUCAACCUGUUGGUGAUCCUGCCCGGAGACUUCAGGGGCCUCUACUUUUUUGUCGUAGUUUUGUCGUACGCAAACAGCUGCGCCAACCCCAUUCUGUACGGAUUCCUCUCUGACAACUUCAAGAGAGGCUUCAGGAAGGCCCUGUGCCGCACUUCACGCAGGGUGAACACCACCAACAGAAUGGGCACAGAGGUACAGCGACCCACAGAGGAAUGGGGUGGGAUCGCACUUCAAGCACCGAACCGUGAAGGAGCAACUGGUUUGCACAAGGACGUUUUCGAGAUAAAAGAGGAAGCAGCAAAUGGUGCACGUGGAGGUGGGAUCAUGCAAAUGAGUGAAAUAUGCAGAAUGUCCCCAAAUGGAAAAAGCAGAGGGGCGGUGAAGGGGAGCACAUCUGAGCUGCAUCACACUCGAGACCUGGCAGUUAAAGACCCAGGGUUUGAUCCCGCUGAUGCACAGUCCACUUUAAGCAGUAAAACAGCACGUGUGAGGAACAUCUCCCGACAUGAAGCUUUCAUGGAUGAAGACUCAGCACUGGAGAUCAGCUGUCUGUAACAGUUGUGUUUUCACUGGACUUUGUGGUAUGUGUUGGAAAACGUACAAUCGGCUGUGAGUACUGCAGAACACAGCAAAGGUUGCAGAAUGACAGUCCAGUAAGGUACCACAUGCAUCUCGCUAUCAAGGCCACAUAACCAAUUUAUUGUUCACUGAAUACCAGCUUGCACAGUAUUAAACAGAAACAAAAUAAAACAUACCAAUCCAGUACUCUGUAGUCCGUACGUACAGUAAUGAUGAUUGGGGCAUGGUCAAAGUGUUAACAUUUUAACCACUUUGUGAAACUGUUUACAUUUAUAACUUUCCAAUGUUUACUUUUUUUUCUGUCAGUUUUCUUUUAACCUCGGGCUCUACCAGCAGGAGCUAUUUUAAAGGUGCAUUACGGGGUUUUAAUGCCACCUAGUGGAGAUGUUUCAGACUGCAACAACCUCACCCCUGCCUUUCUAACUGUACGCCUGUGUGCAUGCUCAAACAUGAGCCAGCAUUCUGUCUUUAAUGACUGCAAAGGUAUUAGCUGGUAGUAACUGACUGACAUCAGCAGAGACGUUAACAUUACUGAGGGCCCCUUCACACAUAACAUGAAAGACACAGAAACCGAAAGCAAAUCCGCAAACCAAACACAAAAUGGGGAACAACGAACCACCUUCUGUCAUGACGGACGCACGACCGCACAGGCAUGCACAACACAUCGGGGACGGUUUCAUGCACAAUUAUGCGCGUGCACAAGCAGUGCGAGUCGCUGGAACGUGUUGCACCACAUCGCGCCGCUGAUGUGGAGAAAAAAAAAACACUUGUAUAAUUAGUGAAAUCACUGGGUUGAUAUCAGUAAUAAAUAAAAGGGGAUGCAGUCCAGAACCCUGCAGUUAAAUAAAAAUAAAUAAAUGCCACAUGCGGGUUUGAACCUGCAAUUUACAAAAGCUCAGAUUACCAGAUGGGAACUUUACCA